AUGCCCAUCGACUACACGACCUUCCCACAUAUCGUUGACCGUAUCCUCUCCUACACUGACCCAGACACAUGGCUUGUCCUCCGGUCAGUCUGCGCGGAAUGGCGCGAGACGUGCUCGCGCGGACUGUGGUCGCGCGUCGUGAUGUGCAUCCACCGCGAGCACGACCAUUGCCCCGAGCCUGCGGGGCACACGCGAUACGCUGAGCACGGCCUAUGGAACAGCAGCUUCUUCCUCCCCGCCGACCUUGCGCCGACCGGCUCGCCCUCGUACGACGACUACUGCACAGAGCCUGUACCCGGCCUGCCCUGGGGACCUGCCGGCAACGCGCUCACGACCGCCCGGCUGGCCACAUACCUCGACGUCCUCGAACUUGAAGACUCGCGCCUUGGCAAGGAUGUGGACGUCGACUGCCCUUGCCCACCGGUCAAGGCGUUCGACGUCGGACGCGUGCCGCGCGUCAUUCGGCGCUGGGUCGUGCCGCAUGAGAGCCGUGUCGGUAUCUUCUACGCCCCGUUCACCGCCGGCGACACGCGCUCGGACCAGAUCUUCAUCUCGUUCCUCGACGUCACGUACAGCCCCGAACAGCGGCAGCUGCUGUCAUCCCUCCCCCCAGAAAGGGUCACGCCCGAGGGAGUGGCUAUCCUGGAAGGCGAGAGACUCUUCUUCUAUCACCCUUGCGUCGACCUCGACUAUGGGCCGCCGGCCGUCGAGCUCGCCGUCGUCAACGUGCGCUAUGACCCGCGGUACCCCGAGUUCAAGGAGGGCAGCGUCUCCCUGACGUACUCGUACCCCGCGCGCACCGUCGUUGUCAUCUUCACGCCCACGCAGCUGUGGGACGGCCCACAUGCGCCCCGAGAGGACGACGACGACGAGCCGUGGAUGGCCUUCCUCUUCCGCUGCGCCAACGAGCUCGGGUUCAGCCUGUACGCCGAAGGGCACCCGUACCGGGGGGAACAGAUCGUCUCCACCGUCUCGUGGGUGCUCGUUGGCGCAGAGCAGUUCGACGCGAUCUGGGUCGACUCGCCGUCCAUCCGCUUCACCAACCCCCUCACUUGCGCUAGCUUGCACGCCGGCUUCGUCGAGGCCGUCAAGCUCAACUACGAGCGCCGGUUUGAAGAGCCCGCCAUGGACGAGGUUGUCGAGCGCCGCGGAGGGUGGGACGAGGCCGUCAAGUUUAUGACGCUUGAUGACUGGCGCAAGCAGGUGCCCGAGGAUAUCUACCAACUCGCGACGGUGCCCCCUGCCAAGCCGAAACCAUUGGUGGAUCUCUAG